AUGGCUCGUGGCCCCGCUCAGACCAGCCCGGGACCGGGGCCCCAACUGCUGACGCUGCUGCCACUGCUUCUGCUGCUGCUCCGGGACGCAGGCGGCAGCCACACGGCCCCUGCCGGGUCCGCCCUGCCUGCGGCUGCCGACGGCCUGGCGGGGGACAAGGAUCCCCAGUGGUCCCUGGGGGAUGCGGCCGCCGCUCUAGGCCCUGGCGCUCAGGACAUGGUCGCUGUCCACAUGCUCCGGCUUUAUGAGAAAUACAGCCGAAGGGGCGCGCGGCCUGGAGGGGGCAACACGGUCCGCAGCUUCCGGGCCCGGCUGGAAGUGGUCGACCAGAAGGCCGUGUAUUUCUUCAACCUGACUUCCAUGCAGGACUCGGAAAUGAUCCUCACGGCCACAUUUCACUUCUACUGGGAGCCGAGGUGGCCCCGGGCGCGUGAGGCGCCGUGCAAGCAGUGGGCCAAGAAUGUGUCCUGCCGCCUGCUGCCCCAGGGCCCACCCGUGCGCCGGCACCUGCUCUUUCGCAGCCUCUCACAGAACACAGCCACCCAGGGGCUGCUCCGUGGGGCUAUGGCCUUGGCGCCGCCUCCACGGGGCCUGUGGCUAGCCAAGGACAUCUCCCCCAUCGUCAAGGCGGCCCGCCGGGAUGGCGAGCUGCUCCUCUCAGCUCAGCUGGAUACUGGGGAGAAGGAGCCGGGGGUGCCCAGGCCCAGCCCUCAUGCACCCUACAUCCUCAUCUACGCCAACGAUCUGGCCAUCUCAGAGCCCAACAGCGUGGCAGUGACACUGCAGAGAUAUGACCCCUUUCCGGCUGGAGACCCGGAGCCCGGCGUAGCCCCCAACAGCUCUGCAGACCCCCGCGUGCGGCGGGCCACACAGGCCACAGGGCCCCUUCAGGACAACGAACUGCCGGGGCUGGACGAGAGGCCGGCACACGCCCCGCACGCACAGCACUACCACAAGCACGAACUGUGGCCCAGCCCCUUCCGCGCGCUGAAGUCCCGGCCGGGGCGCAAGGACCGCAGGAGGAAGGGCCAGGAUGUGUUCGAGGCCUCCUCGCAGGUGCUGGACUUCGACGAGAAGACGAUGCAGAAAGCCCGGAGGAAGCAGUGGGACGAGCCGAGGGUCUGCUCCCGGAGGUAUCUGAAGGUGGACUUCGCAGACAUCGGGUGGAAUGAAUGGAUCAUCUCGCCCAAGUCCUUCGACGCCUACUACUGCGCGGGAGCCUGCGAGUUCCCCAUGCCCAAGAUCGUUCGCCCGUCCAACCACGCCACCAUCCAGAGCAUCGUCAGGGCCGUGGGCAUCAUCCCUGGCAUCCCAGAGCCUUGUUGCGUCCCCGACAAGAUGAACUCUCUUGGGGUCCUCUUCCUGGAUGAGAACCGGAACGUGGUUCUGAAGGUGUACCCCAACAUGUCCGUGGAGACCUGUGCCUGCCGGUAAGACCAACUGCUCUGCCAUGGAAGGAAACCUUCUCCCCACCCCGCGCCCAGCAGGGCAGCGUCCUCGGAGCCUUCUGGUGUGAGAGCUUGACUUGGGGUGCAGCUGCAAAGGCAGGGCAGAGCACACAGGCAAGCUUGCUGGUCCCCAGAAAGAUCUAUCCCCUGGGGCAUCAUUCUGGGGUCUUUCGUUGCUAGUGACUUAGCCCCUAAAUGCCGGUCUGAACCCCUGAAGGAGUCUGGGAAUUAGCCUUGGCUAGGUGAUUGCCGCUGGUCCGUCCCCUCUGCUCUGCAAACCGAACGUGUCCACAAUGUUGGCAUUUGUGAUCAUCAUCUCAUAACCUGGGGAGAAACUGAAAACCUGAGGGUGCUGGCUCCCUUCACCUGGAAAGAACCUCUGUUUAAAUAAUCAGUUUAAAA